AUGGGGUCAUCCGAAGAUCAGCCCGCAUCGUCUGCCCUGGGUUACUACGCGUUCGAACCACCGGAACCGCGGUUCAUGCACUGCGGCUGCUCGGAGGAAGCCAGGAAUAUCGUGGUUUGCAUUGACGGAACUUCCAAUCAGUUCGGACAGAAGAAUACCAAUGUCAUAGAGUUGUACCAUCAGCUAGACAAGGAUAACACGCAGCGGACGUACUACAAUAGCGGAAUCGGGACGUAUGCGAAACCGUCUAUGAGGUCCUUGAAAUACGUCAAGCUUCGCCUUGAUAAUAAGAUUGACCUUGCCAUUGCGUGGAAUUUUGAACGAAUUAUCAUGGCUGCGUACCGCUGGCUGGUUGAUAACUACAAGGAUGGCGAUCGUAUUUUCUUGUUCGGCUUCUCUCGCGGCGCCUAUCAAGUGCGGACCAUUGCGGCAAUGAUAGAGAAGGUUGGAUUAAUACAUAAAGGAAAUGAAGAGCAAAUCCCAUUUGCAUACGAGUUGUACGCUGGACAGACGGCGCAGGAUCCAGAUGCCAUUAGCUUUAAGCAAACAUUCUCGCGGAAAGACGUCAAGGUGCACUUCAUUGGCGCUUGGGACACCGUCUCUUCGAUCGGUGUCGUACGGGAUAAAAGUCUCCCUGGCACUGAUGCAGUAGAGAAGACCUGCUGCUACUUUCGUCACGCUCUUGCUCUGGAUGAACGACGCGUUAAAUUUCUGCCCGAGUACUCCCAUGGUGGCGCCACAUUUGCUGAGCAACCUGCUGAUCAAGAGCCAAUCGACGUUGACAGAGAGCCGAUUAAUCCACGCGUGAAGGAAGUGUGGUUUCCCGGGACUCACUCCGAUAUACUCGAUCGUGGUCACGCAGCGCUCCUCUGGAUGUCUUACGAAGCAAACACAGCAGGACUUAAGACUCAUCCUUCUCGAGUCGACUGGAAAUGGGAGAACUUAUCCGAAGUGCAUGAAUCCCUGACAGCAGUCUGGCUUCCCAUGGAAUACCUUCCCGUGAAGAGGUUAUCGUACAAGAGUGCGACAUCCACGGUUUGGAAACCUCACGCCGGGCAAGGACGGAUUAUCAAGCCUGGUCAGAAGAUUCAUGCAUCCGUCGCCUUUUGCGAAGAUCCAUAUCGACCGAAAGCCAUAUUACCACCCAAUGCAACCCGAGGAUGGGAUGCGUUGGUUGGGCGGGGCAAAAGAUCCGACCUGCAGUGGACGCAAGGGUGGGAGGACCUUCUAGAAAUGGAUAUAUUCAACCAGUCGACCGCUAGUCAAUGCCUUGAUACUCUCAAGACUCUUAAGGACACGUCCGAGCCGAGUUUAUGGUUGCACCGUCUCGAAGUCAUGACGUGGUCUGGAGAAGGAUGUAGGACUCUGUUGAAGGUUGACAAUGUCUCGCAGAGACUCCUGGACGCGAUGAUCACCUUUAAGAACCUUGAGCAUCAGGUUACCGCUUCGUAUAUCGUUGUCAAGCUGGGCCAGACGGAAGCCCUUGCUAACUACAUGCACGAGAACAACGUAUCUCCCGACCUUGUGCUGAUGCUGAUUUACAGAGAGCCUCUAUUCAAAAAGCGACUGGGCCUAAGUACAUAUCUUCUUGCUGACGUCCGAUUUCGACAUCAACUUUUGGAGCAAACUGUUCCUGGAGAGUCUGACCUCAUCCACACUCUACUGAACAGUUUAAAAGACAACAACUCCGAACAAUCCUCAAGUCUGUCAUCGGAGCUUCAACCCUAUCUACAAGAGGUUGCAUUCCAGCGCCACGCUUGCCAGAUUCUUGGGCAGCUAGUCAGUUAUGAAGAUUCGCGGCCCAGAUUAUUGCAUCCGCCGCUUAUCAAUGGGCUUCUGUCAAAGAUCAAAGCAACAGAGGCCUAUGAACUUCGUUGCGACGCUUUGAUCGCUUUAGCAGAGCUGGUCAAGCAUGAAGAGCUCCUCGAAAUCUUGCAGCAGCUUCAGCUCUUCUCAGUCAUCGCAGAAUGUCUACGCGAAGAUCAGUGGCAUAUCCAACGCCUUUCUGUUUCUGUUCUAACUCAACUAGUCUCUUCAAGCGACGACAACCUUAUACUGGUAUCCCCAUUACUCAACAUUCUUUCGGAAGCUCCUGCAGAUGAUCUGAUGACCGUUUGGCCUUGUGUCACGUCACUCGUACUGGCUAUGGUCAGAAAGGAUACUUCGCGUGAGGCGAUACUCGAAUCGAAAAUUCUUCAGAGGCUUUAUAUGCCUUCUACCCAUUUCUUGUCUACCGCUACGCUUGCAGAUUUACUGAAAAUAGCUGUCGAAACUACUGUGCCUCACCCCAGUGUCGCUCUCAGCGAACUUCCAGGCCCAGCUUUGAUUUCAGCGGUAGCUCGGAAUUGGAGAGGUAGUUACCACGACAAGGUUGAUAUUAUCGAAGCAUUAGCACGGCUCGCCAACAACGAUAUCACCCGCUUCGCCUUGCUUGGCUCUAGCGUGGGUGAGAUCAUUCGAAGAGGCCUUACGGAUGUCGACUGGUUCGUCAAUGAGAGGAUGCUUUGGUUUAUUGGGAAGCUUGGCGCAUUUUCCGUCGGAAGUCCUUGGAUGAGCGCUGUGAUGGAUACCAUCAACGUCUUGAUCAACAACAAUGAUAUGCACCAAAAGCUUCUCCAAUUUAAUAUCAUUCAUGACUUGGUGGACCUUUCGAAGUCUAGGCCUCAACUGGUAGUUCUAGCCAAGCUGAAAGUUAUAGCACAGUUGAUUCAACACGAUCCACUGCGCGCCGAGAUAUUACGAUCUGGUUUCUUAGACUCGCUGUUCGAAGAAAAUGGUCACUUGAUAAAUGACUCCGCCAGACAACUACAAACUGCUGCUUUCGAAAUCAUUUGGCAGUUCAUUGAACAUGACGAUUCGCGCUCCAGUAUCUUGGGCCACGACAUCUUCAACGUCUUGCUGCAAAAAAGCUUUAGCAAGCAUCCCCACAUCAGGGCGAUGGCCGUAAACGUGAUGGCUGCAUCCUCCUUCCAGGCCGAUAUACAUGAGAGAAUGCUGGAACAGCGCUUCACGUCGUCAUUAUUUGAAGCCAUCAAGCAAACCUCAUUUUAUGCACUAUCGGCUUUACAAGUAUUAACAUCCAUGGUGACCCACGAUACUCUCCGCCACGGCCUUUUGGAGGCGAAUCUACUAAUCCAUUUGCAAGAGAAACUUGGCGACCAGAGUAAUUACAUUAUCGUUUUAGCGACUCUCAAAGUCCUCAGCAAACUGCUUGACUAUGAGGAUUCUAGGACUCUCUUGAGCAUCGAAGAGCUUAUUGAACGGACCGUGAAGCUGACCGACCACGAGAACCGCAACAUUCGUCAACAAGUGAUUGCAAUGCUGACGAAUAUGCUGAAAUUUGAUCAUACACGGAAGAAAUUCCUCGAAGUCGACGUUCUGUUUGACUUGAAACGGUUACUCCGAGGUCAAAAUACCGAAGUGUCGAUGGUGUACUGCCUAUACGAAAUAACAAAACACGAUGAUUCACGGGAGCAGCUUCUUGGCGUCAACAUCUUACAAGAACUGACCGCGUUGCUUCGCUCUGAGUCUGCGGAACUCCGGGAGGUGGCCGCAAAUUGUUUAACCGAGUUGGCUCAAGACCCACGAUUCCUUCCCAAGUUUUCCAAGGUCUCGAUCCGUGGUCUUGAAGCGCGCUUGCGCAACAUGUACUGGGCUUCUGAAAAUGACAGUGAGCGACAAGCCAUGGAUGAUGCCAGUCGCAAGGUGGCGUCGCUCCUUUCUGCAGGGGAAUCAACCCCAGUGCAGGUUGCCUCCGAUGGACCAGAGCGUGAGCGUGCAAGGGGUCCGGCGGUCAAUAAAUCUGCCAUGAAAUCCCGAGCCGACGAUAACUCUCCCCAUCCCACUAAACGGGUUUCAUUCCUGGUCCACCCAGCGUCGCCCGAAGACGGUAAUUUCGGGUCGCCGACCUUUAGCACCAGGCUCCCUCCUCCUCAAGGUGAUCAAACAUACGAGAUGCCUCCAGGCUUUGUGGAUGCCGCCGUCCAAUACUCUCCGCCUGAGCAAGAAGAGCCUUCAGCUUCCCGUCACGACUCACCGCCUCAAGUCGGAACACAACCCAACGGAGAUGCUCCAGGGAGCCCGCCCGCAAUAGUGCAAAACGACUGGUUGGGUCUACUCUUAGGUCGUACUGAAGAAAGCCAGCAACGUUACCCGUCGGACUUGGCCCAUUCGAUGGACACCUACCCAACGCAACCUCGUCAUACCGAAGUGAACCCUGCGUAUACGAACACGGAACCACUUCCACUCCCAUUGCCCCCCGAUACGGACCCUGCAUCUAGCGAGGACGGGAUUUCGAUUUCGUCUCCGGAGAGACCACUGGCGUUAGAGUACUGGGACGAGACGUCAGAAGGCACUGAAGGGCAGAGAACUCCGCGGACGGUUAUUGAUUGGAGUAGGAUAUCUACUCGUUCCGAUACAGCUCAUGUUGGGAGCGAGGCGUCAUCCAGUGUGGACCCGGAGGACGACCGAAAUCGUCCCGAAGCGCAGCAACCGUUACCGCCGCUGCUCCAACCCGUUUGUGACGACUUCGGACCAGCCACCGAGAGGCCAGUGUCACAAGAGCCAUCUGCCGCAGAGCCCGCAGAGGACAGUGAAGUGAUUCGUGGCACCACGCCCGAAGUUUCACCAAUCCAAGAACAUGCUCUUCCGGACGCUGCUGAGGGCGGGGAAGCGACUGAGAGCAACCUUGACGAUACCAACCCAGAAACAGCCGACGAGAUUUCGGAGGAAUAUGACGGCCGCGUCUGUGUUGUAAUGUAA